AAGUUGGCACAUUCCCAAAUUCUGACACUUAGACAGGAACCUCUACAGCCUGCUCUACAACUACAACUACAACGACAACUACAACGACAACCACAACGACAUUAUGCCAACAGAUCAGGUCAUAGCGGAGCGCUGCAAGCGAUCCGUUAUUGCUCACUUGGCGGCCAUCGAUGACCAGUGGAAGGAGCGCCUAUCCUGGUACCCGCAAAUGCAGGCCAGCCUCUAUGGACGGGUUCCCCAGAUCUACUUGGAGAGCCGUCAGAUGUACGGGGACGAGCAUUUUCUGCGCUACGCUCGUCGCCAUCGCCUGCACAAGAAGCACACGGUGACCAAGCAGGAUGCGGAGAGGAUUUUGUUGGAGCGCCAGGAGAAGCUCGACGCAGAUGCUCUGGACUGCAAGGUCCCACCCACUGAGUAUGGAGAAUAUGGCCGCGUCAAGCCCUCCCGCCAGCACUUUUGCUAGGCUCCAGCUUCGAUUUCCAGCUGUAGCUCCUCCAGUUAGUUGUCAUUUAAGCUCGUAGUUCAGUUCCCCUAUAUUUGUAUAUGGCAUACGAUUAAAAUAUCAUCGCCUGCUGACAAUG